AUUGACAAAAUAAUUUUUAACAGAAACAAUUCGCAAGCUGAAAAUUUCCAAGUUCUUUAAAAUUUCACUUUUGUGAGCAAUGAGCUCUAAAAAGUCGAAUAAUGAUAAACUUCCUGAAGGUUGGGUUCUAUGUUCCUCUAAAUCUAAUCCAGGCAGAAAGUAUUACUUUAAUAAAAAAACGGGUAAAUCUUCAUGGACGCAACCUCAGUCCUCGAGCAGCCCCGAUAAGAAAAUGACUAAAAAGGAGAAACAUAAACUCGCAGAAAGAAAAAAGAAAGAACAAGCCAGUAAAAAAUGUUGCAAAAGGAAAAGUGAUGGAGAUGCAGAUAAUUCCAUAAAGCGAAAAUAUCCGGAACCAAAAGAACAAAGAAGAGAAUCAAUUUUUCCUAAAAAAGAAAUUCCCAUUGAAAAGCCACACACAGCUACAAGCGAGAAACAAUCACCACAAAAAUGUCAUGAUAAUUCCAAUUAUUCAAAGAGUACUCCCACCAAAAGCACAGAUUCUUCAAAGAAACUCAAAAAGAAUAUAGCUAACACAAGGCUUUCCCAUCUCAGAGCUAGGUUAUCAAAGGAAGCUGAAAAUGAAGAAGUUACAAGCCCCUCGCCAUCCAAAAAGAAGGCUUGUACAAAUGAAUCUAAGUCCAAGUGUGAUAAGAGCCCCACAAAUGAUUCCAAAUUGAAUCAAUCGCCAAACAAUGACAGUCUACAUUCAAUUCCCUCCCCCUCGCAGUUCUUUGCAGCUAAUAAAAUUAUUUCUUCAAUGAAAGCGCAGUUGCCCGAAGAGUAUUGUAACAAGGAUAAACAAAAGGACACAUUUGCUGAUAUAGAGAAGGGGAUAUGCAGUCAGACACCAGAAUAUCCAUUUUCCAAACACCCAGCCACUCCACCACAGUUUUCUGAAGCUAGCAAACUUGUGUCUGCUAUUAAGUCGAAGCUUGCGUAUAAAGUUUCAACGCCAAAAGACACAAAGACAUAUACGUCAGCUAAAGACAGGAUGGAGGCCCUGAGAGCUAAUUUGAGUUCAGAUUUAGAGUCAGACACUUCUUUUAAUAAGACAAAUGAUUCUUUUUUUAACAGUAGUGAUCAGAUCAGAUCGGAUAGAAGUUGUAAUUCCGAGGCAAUGGACGUUGAGGAUUUUAGGGAGGUUAAAGAAAACACACCAAUGAGAUCACAAUCAAAUAGAGAUGACAGCAAUGUGGUUCUUGUUGUUGACACAAAUAUAUUUAUACAUGAACUGGAUACUAUAAAGGAUGUGUUGAAUUCACAUUUAAAAGGUUAUAAAGAACAACCAACAUUACUAGUGCCAUGGAGGGUCAUUAAUGAACUGGACCGUCUCAAAGAUAACAAUAAUGGCAAUGGAGCAGUCUGUAAAAGAGCAAAAGCUGCUAUGGACUAUCUGUAUAAGUCGUUGCCGGAAAAUAACAGAAUUAAAGGACAGUCCCUGCGUGACGCGAAUUCUCACAUCUAUCCGUGCGAAAUUCCAGACGACGAGAUAUUAAAUUGUUCACUGCAACAAGUUGAGCGCGGCAAAAAUGUGCUGCUGGUCACAAACGACAAGAACCUGUGCAACAAGGCGCAGAUAAACGGCGUGCGGCACAUGGGCGUGGUCUCUAUUGUAGCGCUGCUCGAGCGGCAGCCGCAGCCCGCCGCCGCGGAGCUGCACGCGGCCUUCCUGCGCGUGCGCGACGCCGUGUACCCGCUGCUGGCCAACAUACUGGAGAACGAAAUGCGUGCAAAAUACGACAAUCUCUGGCAGCACGUGCUAUUCAAAGCUCCUCCCUGGACGCUAGACGACGUAUUACAGUGUCUCCUGAAGCACUGGAUAGCGGUGUUCAACGAAGUGUUCCCGAGGAUCGAGCAGCUCAUCACCGACCUGAGGAGAAGCCUGAUAUCGCUGCAGAGUAAAGACCCAAAAACUAUCACGCAAUCAGAAGUGACAACUUUCAAAGAACUAUGCAUAGACGUAGCUCGUCGUUGCCAAAUCAUUCCCGAAUACAUGCAACUGGCCAAGACAUGUGUGGAGCGAUUGUUGCGCGACAGUUGCGAAGAGGACAACACAGAUGCUGUUGUUGAUGUGUUUGAAGACGUUUGGACUGUUUGUUCGAGUUAUUGUGCUAAACUGGCGACAUCGGUGGGCGUGACCCACAACAUAGAGGACAAGAUACCAGGCGAGGAAUGUUUGCAAACACUCACGUCGAAAUGGAGUCUCUUCGCUGGCAACAUUGACGCGAUCGCACACGCUAUUUAUGGUGUGCUAAGCAGUGAUGAGAACAGUCCCAGCAUGGAAGAAGCCCUGAUAACCCUGGAAAGGGCGUUCAGGGAGGUUUUAGGGUCUACGGGAGUGAACAAAACUGUGGGAAAACAGGAGCUAAGGGUGUUUUGUACUAAAUGCAGAAACAUGCUUCAAGAAGCGUCGAGUAAAUUCUCACAACUGAGUGACCUGCUAGCUAUAUGUAACAAUAGAUUAUCCAAUUAGUUUUGUUCUAAGUACAGUCGCAGACAAAAGUGUUUUUAUAUUAUAAAUAAUAAAUAUUUUUUAAUUCGUUGAAAAAAAUGUGCUUGGUAAUGGUAAGUGGAAUGUAUUUUUUUUAAUUAUAAUGUAUUUUCUUACGCUUGUAUUUCGUAUAUUUUUUACAUGCUUUGGGGUAAUUUUGAAUAUAAAUAUUGU